GGAUAUUCUCGCUGGGUUUGAAAAAGGGGGAGGUGAAGUGAGGAAUCCAAUGGGGCGACAUGGCAACACAACGCUUAUAAAGACGCGAGGCACACCCCGCCGGCAACCUCAAGUCAGCUUACUUGCAGACAGUACAGCGGCACUUUGCAGUAAGCAUGCUCAGCCUUAUGAAAUUACCAAGGGUCGUCACCAUCAAUCAAGUGCCCAAAGUUUUCCAUGAGCACAGCAUUAUCUCCGGUUACCGUUACCACCACAGCUCAGCCACUGACUGCAUCUUGAGCCUCUUUCAGCUGACCAAUGAGACCAUUAACAUCUGGACUCACUUUUUGCCUACCUGGUACUUCCUAUGGAAACUGGUAAGCGUUGUACUGAUACAAGCUGCGUGGCAGCACCCCUUCACCUGGCCUCUGGUGGUCUUAAUCAUUUCCAGCUGCAUAUAUCCAUUGGCAUCAAGCUGUGCUCACACCUUCAACAGCAUGUCGGCGCGGGUGCGACACAUGUGCUUUUAUUUGGACUACGGAGCCAUAAGUCUCUACAGCCUGGGCACUGCUAUUUCGUAUUCAGCUUAUGUGUUCCCAGACAAGUGGGUAAACCGCUUCUUCCACCAGUGCUUUGUCCCUGUUGCUCUUCUGAACGCCAUAGGAUGCACUGGCUUGGCGUGCUACUCCAGGCUUGGAUUACCAUUUCGUCAUCAUAAUCAGGACGUUUUAAAGAGAUUCCCUAAAUGCCAGAGUCCAAGAUUCAGUAAAGUGCUCCGUCUUGUUGCUUUUGCCUACCCCUACCUGUUUGACCACAUUCCUCUCUUCUACAGGCUCUUCCUAUGUGAAGGGGAAGGCUGCACAGACAACGAUGCCAAUGUCUUGCACUACACCCACAUUGCAUUGGCUUUCCUCACUGGCUUCCUGUUUGCGACACAUUUACCUGAGCGCCUGGCGCCUGGCAGCUUCGACUUUAUUGGUAACAGCCAUCAACUUUUCCAUGUCUUUGGCAUCCUUGGCACCCGCUUCCAGAUGAUGGCCGUUGAGCAAGACAUGGUAUUGCGACGCCCCUGGCUUCUUGACCACUCCCGACCCAUCACCUUUGCCAACUCAUUGGGUGUAACUCUACUAUGCCUAAUGGUCAACCUGAGCAUCCUCCUCCUCUUCAGCUUACCUCUCCUCUCUGCAAAAGUCGGUCAGCAAAAGAAACAUAAGAGACAGAUAAAGGCACAUUGAACUCAAGCUUGUGCUAUGGCUACUCCACGGCACAGAACUCCAAGCUGGUCUUUGGGUAAACCAACAUCUAUUGUUAUGUACAGUAUGUAACAUGUUUUUAUUGGGAGCUGAUGAACUCGCUGUGUGAAUCACAAGAUUCCGCCUGCACUGAAACCACUGUGAUAGUUGCCUUUCAGAUCACUGUGAUGACUACUGUUAUGAAUGCAAAUUACCCCGCCUGUUACAUAAACACAAUCGAAAUAGCUAUAUACAGGAUAAAGAAAAAUGGGCGUCGCUGUGGUCGACUGGUUAGCACGUCCGCCUCACAAUGCAGAAGGUCAUGAGUGCGUAUCUGGCUUGGGAUUUCUUGUGUGUAGUUUGCAUGUUCUCCCAUUGCCUGUAUGGGUUUUCUCCAAGUCGUCCCGUUUCCUCCCACAUUCCAAAAACAUGCAUGGCAGAUUUAGCGGGCACUCUAAAUCAGGUGUGUAAAACUAAUUUUUGUCGCGGGCCACAUUAUAAUAACCGUUUCCCUUGGAGGGCCGUGAUGACUGAAACUGUAUAAAGAAGUCAAGAAUAACGUUUUAUUUAAUUAUUGUUUAAAUAACUGGAAUGAGGGGUUUGCUCACAAGAAAAUGCUUACAAUAUGUCACUGAUUUAUGACAUGUGAAAAUGUGAAAU